AUGAAGGACGACAAGGACACGGUGGUCCACGCCGAAAAUGUCCACGCCGAGGCGGUGGAACAUGACGAGAAGAACAUGUACGACGCGACCGAGCACCUCGAAACCACGCACGAGGGUGACCACGGUAUCCGCCGCGACCUCCCCCCUCGCGUGGUGUCAAUGAUCGCCAUCGCCGGCACGAUCGGCACAGGCCUCUUCCUCUCCUCGGGCGCCGCGCUCACCACGGGCGGUCCGGUCGGCGCAUGGAUCGGAUACACGGCCAUGGGCAUGGCUGUGGGAUGCAUGAUGUAUUGUCUCGGCGAGAUGAUGUGUUUCGCCCCAAACGUCGGCGCAUACAUCGAAAUGAGCCGCGUGUACAUCGGCCCAGCAGAGGGAUUCGCGCACGCAGUAAACGUCAUGCUCCAAGUCACUGUUGGUAUGCCAUCGGAGAUUAGCGCCGUCGCAGUCCUCAUGACAUACUGGGACGAUAACAAGCAGCACAUGGCGGCGUAUAUUACUGCAGCCAUUCUGUUGCUUGUUGCAGCGAACAUGGUUGGGGUUAAGUGGUACGGCGAGAUCGAAUUCUUCUUCGCAUGGGUCAAGGUCCUGACCCUCCUCGGUCUCAUCAUCUUUGGCCUAAUCGCCAACCUAGGCGGCAUCCCCCCUAAACGCGAAUUCAUCGGCGGAAGAUACUGGCGCGACGAGCCGUUCAACGACGACUUCCUCUCCCUCAAGCCCGUCAGCCUCGCCCGCUUCCUCGGCUUCUGGGCAGUCCUUACCCGCGCCGCCUUCUCCUAUUCUGGCAUCGAGACCCUCGCCGCCCUCGCCGGCGAAGCGCACAACCCCCGCAAGACGAUGAAGACGGCGGUCCGCACGAUAUUCUACCGCAUUGUCGGCCUCUAUAUCCUAAGUAUCCUCAUCAUCGGGCUCAAUGUGAGCCGCCACGAUCCGGCCCUCUUGGACGCAAUGAAGACUGGCGGCGGGACAGCAGCCGCGUCACCAUUUGUGGUGAUUUGCCACAAUACCGGCGUAAAGGUACUUCCAGACUUGAUUAAUGGCAUCGUCCUCACUUCGGCCCUCUCGUGCGGAAACGAGGUCAUGUACGCCCAAGCUCGCUUCACCAUGGCUCUGGCGCGUAAUGGAUGGCUCCCAAAAUCCGUCUUUCUGUACACUACCCGCCAAGGUGUUCCGCUCUAUGGCGUGCUUUACGGCGCAGCAAGCUGCUGCCUGGCCUAUAUGGCCUGUUCGGCCGGAAGCAACAAGGUCUUCCUCUGGCUGUCGAAUUUGAACGCCCUCUGCGCCAUGGUCACCUGGACGCUCAUUUGCGUCGCAUAUACCCGAUUCUUCCACGCUAUGCGGGUACAGGGUGUCGAUCGGCGUAAACUCACCUUCCGGGGUUUUGGACAGCCAUACGUCGCGUACUUUUGUAUCGCUUGGUUCACAUCGAUUGUCCUCUUCAACGGAUUCACAAACUUCAUCCACGGGUUCAAGGCCAAGGAGUUUGUCGCGUCUUACAUCACCAUCCCGAUUGUUUUCCUUAUGUGGGCGGGAUACAAGGUCAUUAGGCGGACGAAAAUCAUUCCCCUCGACCGCGUCGAUCUUAGUGCUGGCCCAGCACCAGCACUCGCGGGCACGCAGUACGACAACGUCGUCGUGCCCACUGUUUCUGUGGUGUAA